GCUUUCAUUCUUCAACCAAGUUGAAGGCACAAUGAAGCGGUCUUCUUCUUCUUCUGCCUCUUCUUCUUCCAUCUUCAAUGUUACUGUUAAGGAUAUGUAUUGUUUGUACUUUGCUUUCUGAGACUACGAAAGCUUUGAUAAAGAUACCACCAAACGAAACAGUCCCAGCAGUUUUUGCGUUUGGAGAAUCCAUAGUUGAUACAGGCAAUAACAACAAUCUUCAGACACUUAUUAAGUUCAAUUUCCCUCCUUAUGGCCGAGAUUUUGAGGGAGGAAUUCCAACUGGAAGGUUUUGCAAUGGAAAAGUUCCUGCUGACUUCUUAGCACAAGAAUUGGGAAUAAAAGAGGAUCCAAAUUUGUCACCUUCAGAUCUCGCGACAGGCGUCUGCUUUGCUUCGGGUGGCUGUGGAUAUGACCCUUUUGAAGGACAACAGCCAGCUAUAUCAUUAUCACAACAAUUACAACACUUCCAAGAAUAUGUAACGAAGUUGAAAGGACUAGUGGAAGAAGACAAGACCAAAUUCAUAUUGGCCAACAGUAUAUUUCUGAUAGUGGCCAUCGCAAACACCUACUUUACUCUCCGUGCUAGGCAAGCUCAGUAUGAUGUUCCAGCUUAUACACAUCUUAUGGCUAACUCAGCUGCCCAUUUUGUCCAAAAACUUUAUGCAUUGGGGGCGCGAAGAAUUGCAGCUUUCAGUGCACCGCCAAUCGGAUGUGUGCCGGCACAAAGAACAUUGGCAGUGGUAAGUGACAGAGACUGAGAUAAUCACAACCAAGCAGCACUUUUAAUCAACGAAAAACUUGCUGCAGAAUCGGAUUCCAUCCAAAGUAUGCCCAACAACAGAGUCGUGUACAUAUAUGUUUAUAGUCCUCUUCUGGAUCUAAUUCAAAACCCUCAACGCUCAGGGUUUGAGAUUGCAGAAAAAGGAUGUUGUGGGACGGGGAAUGUAGAGCUGGCUGUAUUAUGUAACCAGCUUUCAUCAGUCUGUACAGAACCUUCUAGUUAUGUAUUCUGGGACAGUUAUCAUCCCACAGAAGGAACAUACAAGAUUCUCACCACGUCAAUUAUCCAGAAAUAUGUUGAAGCUUUCCAUUGAGGCAAUUAAAUUUAAUAAAAGGUAAAAACCAGCAGCAGAUGGCUUUUGAAUACAAUGUUGAUUUGAGUUCAUGUAAUAUUGUUCGGGUUAAAUUAAUCCAGACUCCGUAUUGUAAUUGUAUCAUACAUUUCCCGUCUUGAGAAAUCUGCCAGACGCCUAGCACACUAAAAUGAGUGCUGGUAAAAAAAUAGUUGCCUACCAGAAUCCAUAUAAUUGUAAUACUUGAUUUGAAUUCAGAA